AUGGGGGAUUUAUCAUCAAACCCUAAUUCCAACAAUGCUGAAAACCUUCUAAAUCUCCCAAAAGCUCGUUUCAUGGAUGCCAUGGAUAUUAUCCAGUGGGAAGGCUUUUGGUUCGAACCCGGCCUUGUUCAACCCGCCAUGACCUUCAGAUCAUGCUUUCAAGCACAACACAACGACGUUGUCUUAACAUCAAACAUUAAAACAGGCACAACAUGGCUCAAAUCCCUCUGUCUUUGCAUCCUUAAAAACCCAAAAACUGACGAGGAUUAUGACCUUCUAGUUGAGGAUAAUCCUCAUUUCCAUGUCCCAACAAUUGAAAGCACAAUCUACAGCACAAAAACCCAUAUAGAUCUUUACAAAGCUCCUUCUCCUAGGCUUUUUCACAGCCAUUUACCCUACACAAUCCUCCCAGAUUCAGUCAAGAACACAGAUUGUAAAAUCGUUUACAUUGCCAGGAAUCCUAAGGACACUUUAAUAUCCAUGUGGCACUUCUUCAACUCAAUUUUAUACCCUGAUCAAGAUCCUUUUUCUUUAGAAAAAACAGUCGAUUGUUUCUUAUCUGGGGUUCAUCAAUAUGGGCCAUUUUUCGACCACGUUUUACAGUACUGGUUGGAAAGCCGGAAGAAUCCCCAGAAAAUACUGUUCUUGAAAUAUGAAGAACUGAAAAGGGAUCCCAAGGGAGAGAUUAAAAAACUUGCUGAAUUUCUUGGGAAGCCAUUUGCAACUGAAGAGGAAAUCGAUAAGAUUUUGUGGAGGUGCAGUUUAGAGAGACUCAAAAAUUUGAAGGUGAACAAGAAUGAAUCUAUUGUGUACAAUGUACCUAACAGUUUGUACUUCAGGAAAGGUGUUGUUGGGGACUGGAAGAACUAUUUGACACCCAAAAUGGAAGAGAAAAUCAACCAAAUAAGCAGCAUCAAGCUUGAGGAGCAUGGCCUAUUUCUGUGA